GCGUCUGACAAACAGAAUUUUACACUAAUACUUGAACAGAUGAUGAACUGAUAUUGAAAAAGCAUCUUUUCAGCACAGAUCAAUCAAACCUGUACAAUAUGGCCUUUGCAGCGGAUGGUGCCAGAACUCAGCUGCACUGCCAGAGCUCAGAGCAGAUUCUACCAGACGAUGACCAGCCUAUAAAACGAAGUCAAAGCUAUGAUUGGAUACCACCUGAAUUGUCUGAGCUCAGGGUGAUUCUGCUCGGAAGCUGCUGGUCCCAGAGGAGUUCAGUGGGAAACUUCAUACUAGGAAUUAACGCCUUUAAAUAUGAAGCUCACGUCUGUAUUAGAUGCAGUGGAGAAGUGGAAAACACGAAAUUAGCUGUUAUCAAUACUCCAGAUGUUCCGUUAUCCACAGCAGACAAACUGACAGAGUUUAUCACAGACUGUGUACAGGCCUCUGCUCCUGGUCCUCAUGUGUUUCUGUUGGUACUAAAACCUGAAGAUUUCACAGACCAAGAAAAAAACAGGAUCUACAGAAUCCUAAAAGCUUUUAGUGAUCAAUCAUUCAAUCAUUCGGUUCUAAUGAUAUUGAAAUCUGAACUGAUGCAGCGUAUCAAACGUUUUCAAGAGCAAAUGAAAAAUGCUCCAAUUAAGGAACUGAUCAGGAAAUGUAGAUAUCGAUACUUAAAGAUGGAGGACAUCGAACUGCCAGAGCUGCUGACUCGCUUUGGCCAAAUCGUAAAAGAAAACGGUGGAGAAUAUGUGACUUACGAAGAGUUUAAAGAUGCAGCAACCACUUUGGAAGAUUCUCAUCAGAGCCAGAAGGAAAAGGCAGCAAUGGGUUCUAUUGUAGCUGCUGUUCAAACUGCUCGUAUUGGUGCUCGAGUACCCAGGAUACAUCAGUCAUAUGAAGGACCUGGUUUCAGGAUUGUGCUGUUGGGAAAAAGUGAGAAGAAAAAAACUAAGCUCUGUAACUUGAUUAUUGGAGAGCAGACAUUUCCUCAACAGAAGCACAGUGUGGCCUAUUGUGGAGAUUGGAAUGGAAAACCACUAAUAGUGGUAAAAACUCCUGACAUUUUCAAUAUGUCUAAGGAGAAACUCCAAGAAGUAAAUAACUGCGUGAGACUCUGUUAUCCUGGACCAAAUGUUCUGCUGCUGCUGGUGAAACCUUCAGAAUUUCCUGAGCAAGACAGACAAACGCUGAUGUCCAUCCUGCGUUUGUUUGGUCAUGAUGCCUUCAAAUAUUCAAUGGUCAUCUUAACGAAUGGCAGUGAAAAAAAUAGCUCUGUUAAGAAGCUCCUUGAAAGGGUUCAAGGAAGAUGCUACAACAUGAGUAAUAACACUGACUGCAGUCAGUUGAUGGUGCAGGUUGAGACAGUUGUCCAUGAGAACAAAGGGGCAUAUCUGACCUUUAGGGAAGAGACCAGUAGGCCCCUAGCAGAAAAGAUGAAACCUCCACUAAACCUGGUUCUCUUUGGGAGAAGAGGAUCUGGGAAGACCUCAGCAGCCAAGGCCAUUCUAGGUCAGACAGAUCUUCAUUCAGUCUCCAGCUCAUCAGAGUGUGUCAGAAACCAGGGAGAGGUUCAUGGACGUUGGGUUUCUGUGGUGGAGCUGCCUGCCUUGUGUGGAAAAGCUCAGCAGGAAGUGAUGGAGGAAUCAUUCAGCUGUAUCUCCCUCUGUGAACCUGAGGGUGUCCACGCCUUCAUCCUGGUCCUACCUGUGGGUCCCCUCACUGAUGAAGACAAGGGAGAGUUACAGACCAUCCAGGACACUUUCAGCUCUAGAGUCAAUGACUUCACCAUGAUCCUGUUCACUGUGGACUCAGAUCCUACAGCUCCACAAGUGGUUAACUUCAUAAAGGAGAAGAAGGACAUCCAGGAGCUCAUUCAGAGGUGUAGUGGGGUUUAUGUUAUCCUCAACACCAAAAGUAGUCAGCAGAUCCCAGAACUGUUGGAUAGAGUAGAAAAUCAGAGAAACGUCAUGCCCAAAGUCUUUAUAAAGGAUAUGUUCACCAGAGCUCAGAUGGAGAAGGUUGUUGGACAGGAACAUAUUAAUCAUGAGCUUAAAGCUGAGCUGGACAAGGUCAAGAAAGAGAAUGCUAAGCAAACAGAUCAUAGAGAUCUGAGCAAGGAGUGUUUUAGGAUGGUGUUAAUUGGUAAAACUGGUAGUGGAAAGAGUGCAACAGGAAACACAAUUUUGGGUGAAAAACAUUUUAAAUCUAAAGCUAGUGGAAAGUCAGUCACUAAGUUUUGUGAGAAAGCAAGUGGAGAAGUUGAUGGUCGCCCAGUUGUUGUUGUUGAUACACCUGGUUUGUUUGACACGACUCUGUCUAACAGUGAAGUUGAACAGGAACUGGUGCAUUGUAUUAGCAUGUUGGCUCCUGGACCUCAUGUGAUCCUGCUGGUCCUGCAGAUUGGACGGUUCACUAAUGAAGAAAAAGAAACUGUUGAUCUGAUUAAGAAAUACUUUGGCAAGAAUUCCCAACAAUUCAUCAUUGUUACAUUUACCAGAAAAGAUGAAUUAAAGGAACAAACAUUUGAGAAUUACAUCGAAGAUGACUGUGAUGACUUUGUCAAAAAACUUAUCCGCGACUGUGGGGGAAGAUACCAUGUAUUUAACAAUAAUGUUAAAAAUGAUCGCUCUCAGGUCAGGGAGCUGCUGAUGAAGGUUGAAUCAGUGGUGAAUGAAAAUGGUGGGGGUUGUUACACCAACCAAAUGUUCCAGGAAGCUGAGAUUGCAAUAAAAAAGGAGGUGGAGAGAAUCCUGAAAGAGAAGGAAGAAGAGAUGGAAAGACAGAAAAAACAGCUGGAACAAAAACAUCAAGAAAAAAUACAAGCAAUGCAAAAAAAGAUGGAAGAACAAAGAGCAGAAAUGGAAUCAGAGAGAAAACUGAGAGAAAAACAGCUUAAAGAAAUGGUUGAAAAUAUAGCUAAGGAACAAGAACAGAGAAGAAAAGAACAAGAAAUAAGAGAAGAGGAGGACAACCAAAAGAAAAGGCAAGAGCAAUUUAAGCAACAUGAAUGGGAAGAAAAACUUCGAGAUCUUGAGAAGAUCAUAAAAUCAGAAGAGCAGAAAAAGGAAAGUACUGACCGAGAGCUGGAGAAGAGUAGAGAAGGCAUACGAAAGGAAAGGGAAAACUGGGAGAGGGAAAGAAAAGAAUGGUGGGAAAAAAGAUAUCAGGAAAAUGAGCAGAUACGUCAGCAGGAGCAAGAAAAACUGGCAAAACUUCAAGAGGAAUAUGAGAAAGAAAGAGAGAAGGAUCGAAUAAAAAAAAAGAGCAAGAAGAGAAGGAGAGAAAAGAAUUAG